AUGUCUUGGAAAGAGGAUAAUGAUUGCUGCUCUUGGGAUGGAGUCACAUGUGAUAAGGUAACGGGUCAUGUGAUUGAUCUCGACCUUAGUUGUAGCGGGCUUUACGGAAACAUCCCUUCUAAUAGUAGUGUUUUUUUCCUUCCUCAAUUGCAAAAACUCAAUCUAGCUUUCAAUGAUUUCGAUUACUCUCAAAUUUCCUCUAAUUUUGGUCAAUUGAUCAGCUUGACACAUCUUAAUCUCUCUGCCUCAAACUUUAAUGGUUCUAUUCCAUCUGAAAUCUCACAUUUGUCUAAUUUGGUUUCACUAGACAUCUCAAGUGUACUUGAUGUCUACCCAAUCAUUUAUCGUUCCUACUAUUUGAAUGUUCCAUUGAGUAUUGAAAGACCUGUUUUUGAAAGGAUAGUUCAAAAUCUGACUAUGUUAAAAACCCUUGCUCUAAACUAUGUAGACAUGUCUACCAUCAUACCUAAUUCAUUGAUGAAUCUAUCUUCAUCUUUGACUUCUCUAAGUCUUUGUUACUCUAUAUUGCAAGGGAACUUUCCAACUCAAAUCUUUCGCCUACCAAAUCUACAAAUUCUUAGGUUAAGAGGUAACUUCAACUUAACAGGUAGUUUUCCCAAAGUUAAUUGGAGUAGUCCACUCAAGUCUCUGGAUGUCACUGACAUUAACUUUUCAAAACAGUUACCUAAUUCAAUAGGCAACCUCUUGUCCUUGAGGGAAUUCUAUCUUGAGAAUUGCACUCUGAUGGGAUCAAUUCCCACAUCAUUUGGAAACCUUACACAACUUAGUUAUUUGAGUCUCGGGUAUAACAAAUUCAGUGGUCAAAUACCAUCAUUCUUGUCAAAUUUGGUCCAACUUUGUCUUUUAGAUCUGUCAUUCAAUAAUUUUAUUGGUCAAUUUCCAGAAUUUUUUGUCAACUUAACACAACUUUCUAGUUUAGACUUGUCAAGUAAUCAACUCACUGGUCCCAUUUCUUCUCAUGUCAAUGCCCUUCAAAAGUUAGUUGAUAUUCGUUUGAAUAGCAACAACUUGAAUGACACUAUACCAUCUUGGUUAUUCACUCUACCAUUAUUGGAAAGUCUAGACCUUAGUGAAAACCAAUUAACGGGUCAUAUUGAUCAAUUUCAAAGUAAAUCUUUGAAAAACCUUUAUUUGGAUGGUAAUGCACUAACUGGCUCUAUUUCAACUUCAAUAUUUGAACAAGUGAAUUUAACCGUGCUCACACUUUCUUCAAACAAUUUUAGUGGAAUUGUAAAGCUUCACUUAUUUUCAAAGCUUAAAAACCUUCUUUUGCUUGAUCUUUCUCAUAAUAGUUUAUCAAUUAACACUACAUUCAAAGCCAGUUCAUCCUUUCCACAACUUGAUUAUUUGAAGUUAUCUGGUUGCAACUUGAGUGAAUUCCCAGAUAUACUAAGAAGUUUUAAUCAAUUAAGGUAUUUAGAUCUCUCUGAAAAUAAAAUCAGUGGUCAAAUACCUAAUUGGAUGUGGGAAAUUGGAAUGGAUACUUUAGCCUAUCUAAAUCUUUCCUUCAACUACUUGACCAACAUAGAAAAGCUUCCAUUGGAGAAUCUUUUUAUUCUAGACCUUAAUUCAAACAAGCUCCAAGGAUCACUUCCAAUUCCACCGUCUUCCUUGACAGUCUUAUUUUUGUCCAACAACAAAUUGUCAGGAGAGAUACCAGAUUUGAUUUGCAAUAAGAGUGUCCUGGAAAUUCUAGAUCUUUCUAACAAUAGCUUCAGUGGCAACAUUCCAAUAUGCAUGGGAAACUUUAGCUAUCUUCAUGUGUUGGAUUUGAGGAAAAAUAAACUCAGUGGCACAAUUCCAGGAAGCUUUGCAAAAGGCAGUCUAUUGAGGACCCUCAACUUGAAUGAGAAUGAAUUGGAAGGGCCAAUCCCACGAUCUUUGGUCAAUUGUACGAUGCUUGAAGUUCUAGAUAUUGGCAACAACAAGGUAAUUGAUACCUUCCCAUAUUGGCUACAAAGUCUCCCUGAAUUGCAAGUUCUUGUACUUCAUUCAAAUAAAUUUUAUGGUUCUGUACGAGGUUGCUCAGAAAUGAAUCAUUGUUUUCCAAAGUUGAAAGUACUUGACCUCUCAAAGAACAAAUUUGGUGGUCCAUUGCCAGCCUCGUAUUUCAAAAAUCUUCAAGCCAUGAAGGAUGUUGGUGAAGUUGGGACGAAGUUACAAUAUAUUGGUGAAAGUUAUUAUCAAGAUUCCAUUACAGUAACAAUGAAAGGGCAUCUGUUUGGAUUUAUGAGAAUAUUCGUGGCUUUCACUGCUAUUGAUUUUUCAAAUAAUAACUUCUGUGAAGAGAUUCCAGAAGUAAUUGGAGAGCUUUAUUCACUUAUACACCUCAAUCUUUCUUCAAACAAUUUAACAGGUUGCAUUCCAUCAUCACUUGGAAAUUUGAAUGCUCUUGAGUCUUUAGACCUCUCUUUCAACAAGCUUGGUGGAAAAAUUCCAUGGCAGUUGGCAAAUUUAGACUUUCUUCAAGUGCUAGACUUGUCUCAAAACCAACUCACAGGGCCCAUUCCACGGGCACCGCAUUUUGAUACCUUUCCAAAUACGUCAUACGCCGGAAACACGGGAUUGUGUGGAUUCCCUUUGUCAAAAGAAUGCAAAAGUGAUGGAACACUACAACCGCGGUCAGAAAUAGAAGAUAAUGCAGAGUCUACAAAUGGAUUCGGUUGGAAAGUGGUGUUGAUAGGCUAUGCGUCUGGAAUGGUGAUUGGACUGUUCAUGGGAUAUCUUGUAUUUUCAACAGGAAAGCCUCAGUUGCUUGUAAGGAUAGUUGAAGGAGAAACCGUAGAAAGAGGAGGAGGCCGAAUGCGAGACGUUGAGGAAGAAGAGAAUAGUGGUUUCAUGUUCUACAGGCCAAGUAUUGUUUUGAACUAG